CAGACGUAUCUAUAUGACCGUGACUAUAUGUGUUUGUUUUUCGUAAAAUUUUGUUUGUUUAUUGUCUUUGGUUUGGCAAGACGCAAGAGUUGUUUGUUAGUAAAACAACGUUUUACGGUUUGUGUUAUAUUUUAUGUGAUGCGUUGGUGAAAUAUGACCAUCAUGUUCGGCCAGAGCGGACUGAAUAGCACGUCGACGUUCGGGGCGACGGCGGCCCCGUCCUCCUCGAACCCCAUGAAGGACUUCGAGGUGGUCUCCCCGCCGGACGACUCCAUAUCCUCGCUGGCCUUCAGCCCGGCCACGAUCCCGCAGAACUUCCUGAUCGCCGGCAGCUGGGACAACAACGUGCGGUGCUGGGAGGUUGAGCAGACGGGGAAGACCAUUCCAAAAUCCAUGCAGACCAUGCAAGGACCGGUCCUGGACGUGUGCUGGAGUGACGACGGCACGAAGGUGUUCAUGGCGUCGUGCGACAAGAUGGUGAAGUGCUGGGACCUGAACACCAACCAGACGCUGCAGGUGGCGGCCCACGACGCCCCCGUCAAGACCUGCCACUGGGUCAAGAGCCCCGCCUACUCCUGCCUCAUGACCGGCUCCUGGGACAAGACCCUCAAGUUCUGGGACACGCGCUCCCCCACCCCCAUGAUGACCAUCACGCUGCCCGAGCGGGUGUACUGCGCUGACGUGGACUUCCCCAUGGCGGUGGUUGGCACUGCCGGGCGGGGCCUCAUCGUCUACCAACUUGAGAACAAGCCACAAGAGUACAAGCGCAUCGAGUCUCCGCUCAAGUACCAACACCGCUGCGUCUCCAUAUUCAGGGACAAGAAGAAGCAGCCGACAGGAUACGCUCUUGGGAGUGUGGAAGGUCGUGUUGCCAUCCAAUACGUAAACCCUCAGAACCCGAAGGACAACUUCACUUUUAAGUGCCAUCGUUCAAAUGGAGCUCCUAAUGGCUAUCAGGACAUAUAUGCUGUGAACGACAUAGCGUUCCACCCGGUGCACGGGACGCUGGCCACGGUGGGGUCGGACGGCACAUUCAGCUUCUGGGACAAGGACGCGCGCACCAAGCUGAAGCCCUCGGAGCCCAUGGACCAGCCAAUCACGCGCUGCUGCUUCAACAGCAACGGCCAGAUAUUCGCCUACGCCGUCAGCUACGACUGGUCCAAGGGUCACGAAUUCUACAAUCCAAUGAAAAAAAAUUGUAUUUUUCUGCGUUCUUGUUUUGACGAACUUAAGCCACGCUCUUCUACAUGAGUGUUGUUAAAAAAAAAUAACCAGAUGUUGAAUCAAUAUAUGUGUUUUUAUAUGGAAACAUAAGUCUUUUUAUCAAGGUAUGAGUUAAGCUGCUGGAGCAUUUACUGUUAUAUACAUAGACAUGUUGGAUAAACCUUAAAAUUUCUGUUCUGUAAUAUUGGAAGUUGUCAAUAAAUUUAACAUGGCCAUUCAAA